AAUAAGCCAAAGCCUUUUUCAUUUUGUUAUUUAAUAUAGCGUUACACAUUGACGUGAAUUAAAGUGAGCAGAGGAGUACAGUAACGUUAGUUCACGUUAAAUCUGCUCAUGAGUUUGCGUGGAGCCUGCACCGUGCUGAUCAGCAGCAGACCUGCCCUGACUGACUCACGCUGACCCUGCAUGUGAGCAACACGCGAAGGCAACGGCUCAUCUCUCGCGAGGAACGACGCCGUUAUCGGAAUCUCUACAAACAACACGAGAAUUCAUCAUUCACACGGUGUGAACAAUGUCUGAACAGGAGUUGGGUGAAAUUGUGCAAAUAACAGUGGAGGACUUUAGCCAGGAUGACCAUACAGACAUGCUGGAGAAUCAUGAAGAUGAUGAAGAAAGGCCUCAGAAGAAAAAGAGGAGAUUAAGCACCAGCCAGGAGAAUAACAACAGUAACCAAGAAAUGUCUUUUAUCAAGAACAUGUUGGUCUCAUUCACGGCAUCAAUCACCCUACGACUGGAGGGAAUUGAAUCAAAAUUACAGGCUCUGGACGCUACAUGCAAAGCCCUCGGACGCAAACUGGACAGCAUGGUGCCCUGUGCAAAGAGUCCUAUUCAGGUUCCAAUGGUUGCAGGGUCUCCUCAGGGGGCCACUCAAACCUGGAACAAAGUGCGAUGUGUUGUUCCACAAACAAACGUGAUAGUGAGCAGUGAAAAUCCGAAGGCCAGCCAAGAAGACACCCCUCUGGAGAACCUGCUAAGCAACACGGUGGCCAGGAGGCGGCAGAACACAAUCCUGGUGAAGGUGCCGGGCCCUGAGGAGAGUCAGGAAGAACAAGAGAGUGGCUCGGAGGCCAGUGACUCUGUUUCUAAUGGUGGCCAGUCCAGCAAUGCACAAAAUGGUCAAAAUGUCACACUCAUCACACUGAAUUCAGAAGAUGAUUACCCAGAAGGCACCUGGUUGGGAGAUGAGAACAACGCAGAAAUGCGAGUUCGUUGCCCAGUGUCUCCAGCUGACAUGCUCCACAUCACAACAAACUGCCGCACAGCAGAGAAAAUGGCACUGACGCUGCUGGACUACCUGUUCCAUCGGGAGAUCCAGGCCAUGUCAAACCUCUCUGGUCAGGGCAAACACGGCAAGAAGCAGCUGGACCCGCUCAUGAUCUAUGGCAUUCGCUGCCACUUGUUCCACAAAUUUGGCAUCACAGAGUCAGACUGGUACCGUAUCAAGCAAAGCAUCGACUCCAAGUGUCGCACCGCCUGGAGACGCAAGCAGCGUGGCCAGAGUCUGGCUGUCAAGAGCUUCUCUAAACGCACGCCUCGUGGUUCAGGCGCAGAGGGAGGCCUGGUAGAAGAAACGGCUCACAUUGAGACUGCCACGCAGCAGACCCUGCACUACACACUGGCCAAUCAACAGGUCCAGUUCCACCGUAUUGGCGAGGAUGGACAAGUUCAGGUGAUCCCACAGGGUCAAUUGCACAUUGCCCAGGUGCCACAAGGAGAGGAGGUGCAGAUCACACAGGACAGUGAGGGAAAUCUCCAGAUCCACCAGGUACACGUUGGUCAGGAUGGACAGGUGCUGCGUGGAGCUCAGCUCAUAGCAGUCGCAUCAGCUGAUGGUGGGGCCACGGCAGUUGAGGGCUCACCUCUCCCUCCCGACAUCCAAGUUCAAUACGUCCAACUAGCCCCCGUCGCAGAUCACACAGCUGCUGUACAGGCUGCUGAGCUGGCCCCUACCCUGCAGACAGACAUUGAGGUGAAAGAGGCCAUCCAGGGUGCCAUCCAGGGAGAGAACGGGGAAGUUGUCCAGAUUGUCACCUCCGUGGCCACCUGAGAGCCCUGUCUGGUUCACCUCAGCUCCAGAACUCUGCCCUACUACAGCAUGGCUUGACGAACCUCAGUGCAACAGCAGAGGUCAAUGAAUGCAUACAGUAUGACAAGCAAUCAAGUCAGCAAGCCUUUUCAACAAAUAAUGAAGGUCUGAUGAAACACAGGCAAAAAGGAAUUUUUCUGCUGUUUUUUUUCCUCCCUGAAAACUGUUCAAUUAAUUGCCAACCAGAUGUUUCAAUGUGGAAAUCACAGAGACUUGAAAAAGACUAUGAUACUCCAAAAUCAACUGUGGUCUUUCUGGUGUUUUCAUCACCAGAAGGACCUGGCCCACCGCAGAAUACACAGUGGGAUUAUUGUCUAUCCAGGGAGGAUGCUGCUUAUGCAGACCAUCACCCUGCCACUUCAUCAGCACACACGCUUGUUUACAUCAACUUUGGAAAAUAGUGGAGUUAUUUGGAGUUAAGCUGCUUGGCUAACCCUGAAAGCCCCCAUGAGGGUUUGUAAAACCCCUGAAUCCCACCUCAAACAACCAGUUCUGUGUUCUUUUUCUCGUCAUUUCUUGUCACAGUGAACGGCAGUGGAAAGUAGAUUUAGCUGAGGACAGCUACUCUUGGUUGUGAUUAAUUUGGUUUCCUGUCAAUCUCCAUGAUUCAGUCCACACUAUGUCUCCCGGCUGUGAGCCAUGCCUUCCUUUACUUCGCUCAGCUUGUUUUCAUAUUGCUUUAGCCGCACAGCUUUGUUUAUUUGUUUGAUUUAUCUAAUUGUAACAUGUCAAAAUCUUUGGGGGAGCUUUAAUUUUGGAGGUAGAAGACCAUGAAAUAGAAGAGAUGGUGCCAGUGGUAGACAGUACAAGUGGCUUGUAGAAUACCAAGGAAACCUUGAAGUUGUUUAUUUCCCCCAGUUCCUACUCUGUGAAAGAUACAUUUCAUGUGAAUAAAACAUGUUUGUGGUUGCCAUAAAA